ACAGGACAGACUCCAAUCACGGUGGAUGACUCGAUAUUCUAAGCGCCCAGCUGGGUGCCGGCGUCGUUCCCGACCAUGCCAUUGGUCGUACCGUCUGCAACGCUGUCGAUGGACAGGCCCAUUGGCGCGCGCCUUGUCUUUGCAUGGCACGCUUGGUUCGCCGACUUCUUCUUGGCCGACCUUCUGCGCAACCUGAUUCGGUCGCACAAUCUUCUCCCGCCCUCGUCAACCGGCCAUCUUGGACUCGUGGUGCUGCCCAACCCAAGCUAGUUGCGGUCGACUGCUGUGAGAUACUGGGAAGAGCGAAGCCAAGUCUCGCCGACUGCCAGGGCCCGGCCACCAGAGUCCGAGUCACGUCAACGGGCGACAACGGGGGCGCAAUAUGGGAGAACAUGGGACAAUAUCAGCGGGAAUCCGGCUUUCAUAUGGUGCUAGAGAGCGUGCUAGCCGCUGUGGUGGGAAUGGGCGGACAGCCAGUCCAAGUGGACCCUGCCGUCGCCAUCACACACCUUUCCAUCCGUCCAUCUUUGUCUCUUAUAAUAUCGCGUGGCCCAGACCGGCUGCGUUGAGCAGUCUCGUUUAGAUCUCCAUUCUCUUCUUACGCCUUUCUGCGCAAAUACAGGAAUAGAGCUUCGUUGACCGAAGCCGGUCCAUUGUUUAACCCCCCAUUUCCAUACUCUUCG